AUGACGACGAUGCCGCAUGUGUUGCUGUAUUUUGAUGUGAAUAAGACGCUGAUCAUGCACGACCCGAUGCAGGGCAAGACGCUGCAUCACGUGUUGAACGAUUUAUUGACCGAACGAGCACUUGGUGCUAUCGAAAAUGGGUCGAAAAGCUGGAUAUUUGACGGAAACAAGAUGGUCGAUGGAAAUGGGCAAAACAUGGGUACAACCAACGUGUCGUACGGAACCUUUUUGAGAAACCGGUAUCCUUCAUCAGGUGACGCGAAGGUGGCCACUCAGAAUAAACACACGCGAAAAAUGUUGCGGCAACAAUUCACGGCCAAAGGGAACCCAGGAGAGCUACUGGUGACAGAAUUUGAGACGUUGUUGCACAAGUUGCUGCUACCUCGCAAUGCCGCAACUCAAGCACAGCGAGAAGCUGUUGGACUGCAUGAGUCGCCGCACUGUUUUAUCGUACCAGCUUUUUUCAAGUUGAUGAUGUACCUGCAGGGACACAAUGUGUCGUUCAACCUCAUUUUUCGGACUUUUGGAGACGAUUUGCGGCGAGUGGCACAAGAGUUCAACAGCUUUUGUGAAGGAAAGCAUCCGUGUUUCUCGCUCGAGAAACCUAUGGAUGGGUCUGAUGGAGGCGUGGACCGACGCAUGUAUGUGGAUGAAAUGGACAACGGCGAAAUGCCACGUUUCGGUACAUUUUUACGAACGAACAACUCCACAAUGCUGAUUAUGGGUACCUUCCAGCAACCAGAACUAGCUGAUGAUGUAGAGCCAUUGGCGUUCUACGCUUCACAGAUGGACUCGGUUCACAUCAUACACGGAUUGCUGAAUAUCCACGACUUUCUUGCUCGCCGUUGGCGAAAGUCGCAAGCGACAUUGGCGUUACGUGACUUUUAUCCACAUUGGUUUGCCAAUCAAGAAAAAGCGACGGCAGGAAAACUUUUGACGUUGCACCCUGUGGAUUACGCAGAGAAUGUACACGCCAUGUUUUUUGAUGACAACAUCCUGUCACACGAUGCACAUAUUGUUGAUGCACGAUUAGCUCACGAUCAUUCUACUGUGAAUUUUGACGAAACGCGAGAGGUGCACCUGCUACGCGUUGAGCCGCUUGAUGUUAUCCGAUGCGAUACGUACUUUGUCGAUCGCUUUGAAACCUCGUUGCAGCAAUGGAGACUACAGCAGAAGUAG